AUGAACACCCUUCAUUCCCUUAUUUCUUCACUCUUUCUCUUCUCAUGCUUCCUUCCUCUUCUCUUGUCUUUUUCACCUCCUCAAACUCAUCUCCCAAUGCAAUGCCUUGAUGACCAGAGAUCUCCUCUGCUGCAAUUGCAACAUCAUCUUUACUAUGCCCCUCAUUUUACUUUCUCUUCCAAAUUUGACCUCUGGGAUGUCAACACUGAUUGUUGUUCUUGGGAAGGAGUCACUUGUGAUGCUUAUGGUCAUGUCAUUGGCAUUGAUCUUAGUUACAAAAACCUUUCAGGCAGCUUCCACUCCAUAUUCUAUCUCCAUCAUCUUCAACACCUGAAUCUUGCUGGAAACAACUUUAAUACGACUCUGUUUUCCUAUAGGUUUGAUAAACUCCAAAAUCUAACUCAUCUCAACCUUUCAAGCUCAUGUUUCCAUGGCCAAAUUCGAGUGGAGAUCUCACACCUAACAAGGUUAGUCUCUCUUGAUCUAUCCAAUCAAGAUGAUUGCUAUUGGAGAAAUGGUUACUAUUAUAAUUCAGCUACUUUAAAAUUGGAGAAACCAAACUUCAAGACAUUUAUUAAGAAUUUGAAGUUUCUCACGGAGCUUUAUUUGGAUGGAGUCGACAUUUCAACUCAAAGUACUAAAUGGUGCGAAACCACAUCUCUUGUACUUCCAAACCUGCAUGUGUUGAGUCUGUCAAGCUGUGGUUUGAAAGGUCCAUUAUGUUCUUCACUCUCAAGACUCUCUUUUCUUUCCAAACUUAUCCUUGAUGGGAACCCGAUCUCUUAUUUACCUCCCAAUUUCUUGGUAAAUUCCUCUCGUUUGGUUUCUCUCAGUUUGAGUGGCUGCAAUUUGAAUGGGCAAUUUCCAACCGGAAUUCUCUUAUUGCCACAAAUUCAAAGCAUUCACAUUUCAUCUAAUGACCAACUUAAGGGUCAGUUGCCAGAAUUUCCAGUAAACAAUGCAUUACUGAGUCUGUCACUUUUUGAGACAAAUUUCAGUGGAAAACUACCUCAAUCAAUUGGUAAUCUCAAGUUCUUGACUAAUUUAAAGCUGUCUAGUUGCAAUUUUUUUGGACCCAUUCCAUCGUCAAUUGCAAAUCUUAGUUACCUGGUGAACUUGGAUCUAAGGUCAAACAAGCUUUCUGGAUCAAUACAUUCUUCUUUAUUUACUCUUCAAUCGUUGAAGACCUUGAUUCUUGGAGAAAAUCAAUUGGUUGGGAAAAUUGAUGAGUUCCCCAAUGCAUCUUCUUCUUCGAUUCAAGAAUUAUAUAUAGGCAAUAAUUAUUUAACAGGACCAAUCCCGAAGUCAAUCCUUCAACUUCCAAGGCUUGAAGGGCUUUAUAUUGGAGAAAAUAGCUUCAGUUCCAUGAAGCUUGACAUGUUUGUCCAACUCAAGAACUUAAAGGGUCUCCACUUAUCCAACGUAAGCUUGUUAACUGAAAGCGACAACAAAAGUCUUACUUUUCCCCAAUUAGAGAGCCUAAGCCUAAGGUCAUGCAACCUUACUGAAUUUCCAGAAUUCAUUAAAAGGCAAGACAAGUUGAAAUAUCUUGACCUUUCAAAUAAUAAAAUAAGUGGUGCAAUACCAAACCAGGUGUAG